AGUACAGAACAAUAAUUGAACAGACCAGACCACAUCACAGAUUAUAAUAUAAACAUCUGACGGAAUUGCUUUCUUGGUUAAGAAUAGAAUACUUAGAAGCAUAGAACUAUAGAAGUCGUAAAUCGUUAAGUGUAUGAAGGCAUAGACAGCUAAUGGAUGUGUCACAGCUGGCUUGAGUUUACCUUCAAGACAUUUUUAACCAGCACAUAUUCAUCUUAAAUAUAUUUUCUUUGGAAUUGUUAUGGGUAACGAGGAUGCCAUUGUUUGCAAGGAGAAAUUUGAUGCCUCCAAGAACUGUGACUGUGCUGCCAUAGAAUCCAUAAAACUGGACCUUCAAAAAACAAGCUUGACUGAUGAAAAAGAUGGUGAAAGCCAUAAAAAGCUUGACUUUGUUCAGAUUCUACCUGUAGAACUUGUCGAAGAGAUAUUCAUCUAUUUAAAACCAAAAGAUUUGGCAGCCUGCACUGCAGUCAACAGCAGCUGGCGAGAAGCUGUCAACUCAAACAAGAUCUGGAGUUCCAUUUGUGAAAAGAGAGGGUGGAAGGAUAACUUUGACCUGAAUACCACUCACUUCUAUAAAUCACACAGACAGUUCCGUAAAUGGUCACAUUCAUAUGAUUCAUUUACCCCAAUCUGCCAGAAGCGUUUAUUGUUCAACCAGCAUUCAUGCUUGCAGUACAACUGGCGUUGUGGUAAAUACAUAAAGCACAAGAUUUCGGGUGGGGCUAACAGCUGGUUUGGUGUACUGGAACCGAUCACUUGUGAUGGUAAGUAUUUAGUGUUGCUUGAAAAAAAGUUAACUAAAUCAUCAAAGCUUGGAGUUUGGAGCCUUGAAGGUGUCCCAUUCAAAUUGUGUGACUUGACUUUACCCGACAAAGUUAACGAUGUGCAAUCCAUAGCAUUUGAUUUUGACACUAUUGUGAUAAUUCAAAACUGGAUCAUUAGGGUGUUUCGUUUCGAUUUAUAUAAAAAUACUUUUGACGAAGCCUUUGUUAAAUACGAGCUGUCUAACUUGAUACCUACAAAGAAACAACUGCUAAAAGAUGUAAAAAAAUUGAGUCCCUACUUAAAAGUCACUCAAGAAUAUGUAAUAUUUGUUCCGAGUUUUUCUCAUAGCACUGAGGACUUUGUGCCAAUUUUCUUUUGGGAUAGAAAAACUGGAGACUUGAAACAUACACUUCAGUUUGAUUCCAUGUAUCAGGAAAUCACAAUUGCUAUUUGGUUCGGUGACUCUUGCUACUUGGGUUUGUGUAACAGGAAAAAGAAGGUGCAUCAAAUAGUUGAAUUUGGUGUGAAAACUGCUGCAUGGGAAGCGUUCAGUCAGAGUGUCAUUACGGAGAUAGAACAAAUCGCAGUCAGUAAUCAGUACAUCCUUGCAGUAACAAAAAAAGUGCCUAGUCCCAGAGGUGCUAGACCUUACUUUGUGACAAGAGGUGAGGAAAAAAAAGAGAUUUGGCUCUGGGACCGAGCUACAGGUUCAGCUUUGAAAAGUUUUGAUGCACAAGGAAAAGGUUUCCAGUUUGUUGGCGAUUGCUUGAUGUUUUAUGAUUCAGCUCAAGUCACAGUCAUGAACCCUAAAACUCCAGACAUACGGAGUGAAUUUGAGAUAAAUGGGGCAGUGACAGCUAUCAGAGCUUGUUGCCACUCAAAUCUCAUGUUAAUCAUGAAGCCCAGUUGCCACAUGGAAAUGUGGGAUUGGAGUCUGGGCUGUCGCUUGUAUACUAUCAACGGUGAGACGGGUUUAAGUAAUCAUCUUUGGUGUGAUAGCAAACACAUAAUCACCCAUCUAUCACCUGAUACUUUAUCUGGGAGUGUUGUCAUCCUAGGUUUUUGGUGAUCGGAAAAUGUUUCUUCAGAAGUGACCUUGUGAAAUUAUUUUACAAACAGACAAAUCACUCAUUAUUAAGUGAUUUUAUUAGUACAAAUAAUUCUUUAAAAUCGUGUGAUAAAUUUCUAACUGUGAUCAUUUUUCUUUUACUUGUAAAAGAACAUGUUGUUAUCAAUAUUAUAUUUAAAUCAGUUCCAUUGCAUGAACAGUUGUAUGUUUAAUUAUUUUUCUGUAAAACCUCAAAUGAUUGAUUGUAAAGCAUAAUUGAACAUAAACAACUAAAAAUGUAGCAAAUUUUAUUUUGAGUUAUUCUUUGAUGGAUCAUAACAUAAAUUAAAUUAUUUGUGAUUUUAGGUCAUACAAUUUUAUAUAAAUUAAGGUAGUUCUAGAGUAGCAUUAAGUACUAGAGUAAUCCAAUAUACUCCUCCAAAUGAAACAUUCGUAAUAUAAAGAAAUUUUUAAAUACAGUAAAUAUUACUUUAGAAAACUUUCAAAGUUGUGUUUGUAAAAAUUUAAGUAACUAAAUUUUUUUUGUAAUUUAUUUUCAAAAAUAAAAACUUAUAUCGAUAAAUGUUGGCUUCAGUUUGAUAAUUAUUAAUAAAAAUAAACAUUGUAUUAGUUUAGUUUUGUCAAAAUACUAUAAAGUGGCUUUAUUUUGUCUGAAUUGUAAAAGAAAGGAGAAAGAGUUAUGUUACCAUAACACUAUGGAUUUGUAAAGUUAGGAUUAGUUUUUCAUUAUUAAAUACAGUUAGUUUACUAGGUUUCAUAUGAGAAUGUAGAGCAGUAAAUUUUGCAUGAAUUACUGACUUUGCACAAUAAUAAGGAGCAUUAAACCACCGGUGAUCAUUAUCUAUCCAACCCCAUUUGCUUUAUUUCAAUUAUAGUUAUUAAUUAUUGUUUGUACACAAAGAUAGAAAUUUUCUUUGAUUUUAUACUUUAUGUAAAUUGACUCGAAGUUUAGCAGGUUAGUUGAAAACAAUAAUUAUGGACAUUAAGGCUAUUGUGUUGUAAGCUCCAGUCAUCAGUCUUGUUCACCAAUCAUUUGUGGUUACUUUAUUAUAAAUAUCUAAUUUAGAUUAGCAGAUUAUUUGCAAGAUUAGUAUGUUGGAUUGAUUAGUGUGUUUUGAUUUUGUUAUUUUUAAUAAUACUUUUAUUAAUUACAACAACUUAUUGUUACUAUUAUUUAAGCAUGAGAUUUAAUUUCAACUAAGCUGUCUUUAUAAUAGAGAUUUUACAUUGACUUUAUCAUUUAUCACAAUUUACUAUAUGAUAAACUUAAAAUGCCUUAAUUUGACCGUUAUAGCAUUGUACAUAUAUACAUAAUAAUUAAAUAGAUAACAUGAUAGAUACUAUUUAUCUAAAAAUUUUAUCACUGCCAGUACCGACUUUUUGUCUCUUGUCUACUUUGUACCGAAAAUGGUAGCAAUUUGUUGUUUGGUUUUACUCUAAAAUGUUUUACUCAUACUGUAUUUAAUACUUGUGUUAAGUAUUAAUGUUAUGGCAUAUUAUGUAAGCUGUUAAAAUUUGUUUGCUUACACUAGGUAAUGUUUUAAUGACGUGUUAUUUAAACAUAUAUUUUAUUUUAAAUGAAACAUAAUUGUAUUUGAUAAAUUAACCCUAUAACAUACAUCUUUCUAUUGUUUGAUUAGAUAACAAUGUUAUUUUUAUAAAAGUAAAAAUAUAAUUGACAAAUUUGUCUAGGAAUCGCAUAUUUAUCCUAGACUUUCUAUUGACACUUCAAUGAAAAUGCUCUGUUCUUAAUAAAAUUAUGAAAAACUACAAUAAUUUUUAACUAAACCCACCCCAAGCUGAUCCUUAAACCACAUAUAAUUUUGAUAUGAAAUAAUAUAUUUAAGAGACAUAAUAUUGUCUUGUUUUAUUUUAAUGGAAAGUCACAAAAUAAAUUCUUAAGCAUUACAAUAAUCUUUUAAAAGUUGUACUACAAAUUAUUUUGCCCAACUGCAAAUAAUUUUCAUUUAAACAUUCAUGUUAUGUUCUUGUGAAAUGUAAAGCAUUCAACUGACUCCAAUGAAUGUAGAAGUCAAUUAUAAAUUUCUACAAAUCAAUAUAGGCCUAUAAAACAUGUUAGUACAGUAGACACCCUCUUAAUCGACUAUCUACAGGACUAAAGCUUGGUCGGAUAAAGGAAAAUCAAUUAAAUAAAAAAUCACCAUUAUACAAUCCGUAGGCUAUCAAACAUCAUAAUGAGUCUAUUGUUAUUUAUACAACACAGUUACAUUUCACUUAAAAAGAGUCCAUAAACAUUGUGUAAUUUAUAUUACAAGUAUGUGUAUAUUAACUACCUCAGAGAACUUGUAUGUUGUUGAAAUUAAUGGUUUAUGUGUGACAAAGUUAAUUAAUAACUGUACUUACAUUUUAGGAAUAGUAACAUAUCAAUUAUACAGUAUUUUUCCAGAUUAGUCUGAUAUCAAACUAUAUCAUUAUAUUAAAUAUAUUUAUUAUUCUUUUGGAAUAACAGUUUUCCUGCUUACUAAUGAGCAAAUCUACAAAUUUAUAGACCGACUUUCUUAAUGUAAGAUUUUUAUGUUAAAAUAUAAACAUUAUUUAGUAAUUUGGGUUAUUAUUAUAAGGCAAUGUGUUGUCAUUUAAAAAGAAUUCUUAAUCAUAUAUGAAAUCAUUUCCUAGGAUUUUUAAUAAAACUGUAUAAAUUAUUAACCCUUUGCGCUCGAAAGGCCUGCAGCACUUGCCAAACCAAGGUUGCAGAAAGCUUGUGUUGGUUUUGCCAUAAUUUGUCCUCGCAACUCAUAUGGCUACUUUCAUUGACAGCUCAGCGGCCAUAUUUGUUGUUUGCAUCUCCAGAUCAGAAUUAUUUUUCAAUUUUCUCCAUGUUAUUUGCAUACUAAUUUAAAAUUUUUAAAGAAGAAAUGAAAAAUAAUAUUUAAUUUAAUUUUAAUGAAUCUUUCAAAUACAAAGAUAAACAUUCAUUUGGGAAAUGUAACUCUUAUCAAUAUAUUGGUAACAAAGAUAGGUAAUAAAAUGCUAUAAAGUAGGCUUUUACAGUUAGUUUAUGCUCAUACAUGAACUAUUUUACAUUUUUCUCAGUCUUUACAUUUUUUUACGGAUAAAAUUUUUAAAAAUACAUACCUAUGUGUCGUCAAGAAUAGUUAGCAUACAUCUUCUAAUAAAAUGUCCUAGGUUUCUACCACUUCAGUUUAUAGGCACACUAUGCGUCAUUCGUCUUAUUUGCACAAAGUUUAGAGAAGAGUUAGAGACCAGUUUAAAAUUUACUGCUUUGCUUAAAAAAUUGUAUUUUAAAAUAAAGCUGUUCGGUAGGUUUCAGCACUCGCCAUUCAUUAUAUAAGACAAGGAGAAUAUUAGAAACUAUCUGCUAUGUUUAGUGGCCAAUAGUGCUGGCCUUACGAGCUAUUGACGUAUUAUAUCUUGACCAGUACAGCUGGACAUACGAGCUGAGAUAACAAGAUAACAUUACGGCAAAAAUUAAUACCUGCUUCUGACAAAAUGGCAGCCAGUAGAGCUGACCAUACUUAGCUCCAAGGACAAAUUAUAAAUACUGCCUUCGAGUGCAUAGGGUUAAGAGUAAAUUCCCAUACCUUUUAUGAAUUAUGAUGCUUUUAUAAAAUAUCUUAAUAUUACUAACCAUAUUUAUUAUUCUUUUGGAAUAACAGUUUUUUUGGCCUCAUCAUUACAAAUCUACAAAUUUAUUGACUGACUUUCUUCAUGUUAGAUUUCUAUUUUUGACACAUUAUUUAGUCAUUUAGGAUUAAAUUUUAAGGCAAUGCGUCAUCAUUUAAAAAGAAUUCAUAAUCAUAGAUGAAAUCAUGUCAGAGGUUUUUUUAAUAAAACUGUACAAAUACGAUCUUACAAAAAGUAAAUUUCCUUACCUAAAGAAGAUGUUGAUGCACUUAUGUAUUGUACUUAGCAAUAUUAAACAAUUAAUGAGUUUAUCUUGUUUAAUAAUUAAACUAUUUCAUUGCAAACUUAUCUUACUUUUAGUUAUGAAAUCAUUAUGAAAUAAGAAGAGUUUAGUAAGAUUUGAAGUUAAGGGAUAAAAUAUCCAUGUGCAAUAUUGUAAUUUUCAGUUGCAAUAAAAAAAUUAAAAGAUAA